UCGCGUGGCUGAGGGCUCCCGGGCGCGGUCCCUGUGGCGUGGGACGCCGGCGGACCCGAGGCCGGGCUGCCGCUGCGGGCGGCGGCUUCCUCGCGGAGGUGGCGAGGCGCCCGGAGGCUGAAGAAAGUUGUGUGGACGCCGGGCCCUUGCGGACACCGCGUGCGGGGAAAGUUGAGGGCGCGCGGCCCCGAGGCGCCGGUGUCACCGCGGUCGCCCCCGGCACCGGUCCCGGUGAUCUACAGACCCCACCUCCCACGCUCUCCCUCGGUCCUCGCGGCCCCACAGCCCUGCGACCCGGGACGAUGCGCGCGCCCGGGCGGCCUCUGCUCCUGGGGCUGCUGCUGGUGCUGGGCGCAGCAGGGCCCGGCCGGGGACGCGUGCAGCCCCAGGGACCCACGGACCGGCAGACGUUGCUGCGGCUCCUGGUGGAGCUGGUCCAGGAGCUGAAGAAAUACCACUCUGGGGAGUCCAAGAGGCUGCAGGUCCUCAGCGAACCGGACUUUGCCCUGGGCCGCAGGGAGGCCUCAGACUAUGGGACAGACUCAGAGGAGCAGAGAGUGGAAAUUGUCCCUCGAGACCUGAGGAUGAAGGACAAGUUUCUGAAGCAUCUCACAGGUCCUCUUUAUUUCAGUCCUAAGUGCAGUAAGCACUUCCACAGACUUUACCACAACACCCGAGACUGCACCAUCCCGGCAUACUAUAAAAGAUGUGCCAGGCUUCUCACUCGGCUGGCUGUCAGCCCAAUGUGCAUGGAAGGAUAAGCUGGAAGGAGCCACACAGCAGGACCCUGAGCAGUGCCUUGGAGACCAGCCGGACAACUCUCCACACCCACUCCAUGUGGACAGAGGUUUAUUUUUACAGACAGACUCUUCCAAAAUUCCUUUGCAUUUUGUAAGCUGUUGACACUGUUUGCAGAUAUGUAUUCAGUAAAUCAGUGUAUCUGACAGAGAUCCUUGCCACUAUAUCUUAAAAAACAAGAGAACACUUCACAUUUGAUGUGCAGUGUUAUGAGAGACUAUUUCAUUUUCCAGAUUAGAUGAAAUUAAAAAAAAUUACUUUAGAAACAUAGGGAGAAUCUUAAACUAUAUUUUCAUAGAGCAUAUAGUAUGAUUCGAUAUUUUGUAUUACUUUUACAAUUAAACUCCCAGAAUAUUAUUUGGACCUGCAUGAAAAAUAAAAAAAAAAAAAAAAAAGAGGUAAAUAAAAACUUCAGUCAUGUUUUGAAGACAGUGGAGUAUAAAUUUGUGAAUAUAUCCAGGCCAGUUCCGUUUGUUCUUAUAUGGUAAAUGAAAAACAGCACUCCUGCUAUUGUGCAAUAUGUAAAUACUGUAAA